UCGAAAUGACUGAUGGUCUGGAUAAUCUCGGUGGCGUUAGAUGGCAUCUUGUUGGAUGCCUGGUGAUCACACAUUUGAUAUUAUUCUUGUGGAUUUUCAAAGGAAUAAAAGUAUCGGGUAAGCUUGCCUACAUCACCGUAGCUCUUCCCUACAUCCUCAUCACAGUGUUUCUCAUACGAGGUUGCCUACUUCCGGGAUCAGCUGAUGGAAUGUACUACUACAUUUAUCCAAAGUUUGAGAGGCUUACGGAGCCCAAAAUAUGGAUCCAGGCCUGUAGCUAUGCACUGCAUUCAAUGGCCAUCGCGUCUGGAUGUAUUACCUCCAUGUCUGGACACAACAAAAUGAAGAACAACUGCUUUUCGUAUAUUUCAUGUUUACUCAGGCUGAUGUUUAUAUCCCGUAUAUAAUUAACCAUGUUAAAAUCAUUGAAGAAAUCUGUAUUAUUCAUUCCUAAGUUAUAUCAUGAUGUGUCAAUUUGAUGUGAAAGGGAAACAGGUACGAAAGAUAAAGCCAGAAAUCUAAUUAGGGCGAUUCUAGGAUUCGAACCUACGCGUAUAGCUUUCUGACACGCCCAAGGGAUGCGAUAAGGGAAUUUAGAUGCCAUAUAUUAAUUUACCAAUGCUCGAGGGUUUAAUCAAAGUGGUAAACGUCUAAUACCUGCAUCACUUCGGCUUUCCUCCACCAUCAAGCUGACAUUGCAUGAUAUACCGAAUACUGUUCAAAGUGGCGUUAAACCAAACUAACUCACUCAUAUGUUAAUUAGUGCAAACUGUGUGUGCAAAGUGAAUCCAUAAAUGUCUCAGACCCGUAUAGAUCUGUGGUAGAAUAGGUCUUC